UUAUAAGUUUUUAUUUUUUAUACCAUGUGUAUAUGAAAUAUAUCAAGAUGCAAUGGAGAGGAAACAAAUAUUAAGCUCAGAUGACUCCAUUGAAUUUUUAAAAAAUAUUUCAAAAAAAUUUACGAAAGAGGUGUUAUGUGAUAUAUUAAAAAAUUAUUCUAAAACUGAGAAUGUGCAGUUCCUAGGUAUAAAUCAAGGAACGAAUAAUUUUAAAAAAGGCGAUUCAUACUUAUCGAGUUUAAAUCGUUUUACUGUAGUCGGUACCAUUAAUGAAUCCAGCAAAGGCCGAAGGCUGGAAGUACCAGUUGUGGUAAAGUCAAUACCUACAAAUAUUGCGAGGAAAAAAACAUUUCGAUCUAGUGAAUUUUUUGAAAACGAAAUUAGCUUCUAUACAAAGGUUUGGCCAAGAUUGCUGCAAUUCCAAAAAGAAAAAAAUGCUGUAAUAUUUAAUAAUAUUCCGAGAUGUCUAGCAGCUGUUUGUGAUGGGGACAACGAUAUUCUUAUAUUACAAGAUCUUUCAAUUGAAAAUUUCAAAACGUUAGGACGGGAAUUUCGAAAUAAUUUAGAACAUUCUUUACUAGUAAUACGAAUGUUAGCAUCGUUUCAUGCUCUAUCCUUUGCAUUUAAAGAUCAACAUCCUGACGAAUAUAAAAAUAUUACAAUUCAUUUAAAGGAAACGUUUUUCGGAGAACAGUAUCGUAAUUGGUAUAAUAAUUAUUUAAAAAAAUUACUUGAUGUUUGGGUUGAUGCAUUGGAAAAAGAAGUGCCUGGCUCCGUUUAUGAGAAAAAAUUUAAGGAUCUUAUUGCUAACGAUUUUUAUGGGCAACUUAUAAGCUUAGUCGAAGAUAAAGGCAAAAAUGCAGUUGUUAGCCAAGGUGAUACUUGGUUACCAAAUUUCAUGUUCCAAUAUGUUGACAAUAAACCAAAAUCAGCAUUUCUGGUCGAUUUUCAACUUUCCAGAAAUAGUUCAUUUGCAUUAGAUUUGUCAUUUUACAUAUUUUCCUGUGUUGAUCCUUUAAUUAGACGUGAACAUUGGGAUUACAUUCUUACCGAAUAUCAUAAAACAAUGACUUCGUGUUUAGAAAAAUUAGGAACCAAUCCCGGAUUAACUUAUUCUGAUAUAAAAAAUGAAUUUAUUAAAUAUGGUAAGUUUGGUUUGGGUAUGUGUUUAGAAACUGCAAUUUUUUCAGUAAUGCCUGACGAAGAAACAGCUGAUUUGGAAACUAUAGAGGGUGAUGCUGCGGUGGAUAUUGCAAAUGUGUGGAUUGUAAAUAAAAUUCCUCGUCAAAAAGAUCGAACAGUUUUAGUAGAUAUAAUCAAGGAUCAAGUAGAUCUUGGUUUUAUAUGAAUAGAAAUUGCUUCAAUAUUAUAAAACGGAUCUACAAAUAUAAUAGCAGUUGAACAUCUCUUAUUUAAAAGUUAUAAGGGGUUGAACAUAUAUAAUCUUACAAAUAUUACUUUUCUAAUCCGAACUAUACUAAAA